GGUAACUUUCUGUUUUCAUUUUUGAGAUUGUGUGAUUGAGAGGAAAUGGCAUCGAACAAAGAUCCACCAUUGCACAGGAGGAAUAAUAGUAUGACCCUACCUCUCAACUAUCCACCAGAGCACAGGAGGAGUAAUAGUAUGGGUCAACCUCUCAACUUGCCAGUGUUGAACUUGGUGCUGUGUGGAAGCAAUGAAGAACUAAAGGCCUCCAUAUCAGAUCUCAUAUUGGACCAGAGAAAUGUGGAGACUGGAUUAGUCUGUGGACGCGUUCUCAGGCUGGCGGUGAUGCCAGCUCUACACAACAUUUAUCUCUCAGACGAGGAAGUGAUGAAUGAGAUUCUUCACUGUAUUUCUGUUGAUAAUCCUGUCCAUGCUUUUCUGUUCAUCAUUCCUGUUGGUCCUCUCACUGAUGAUAACAAAAGAGAAAUAGAGAAGAUUCAAAGGACCUUUAGUUCAAGGGUCUGUGAUCAUAGUAUAGUUCUUUUUACCAACAAGAACUUAAAUGAAGAUGCUGCAGUUAACAUUGUAAAGCAAAGUUCAGAGAUGGAAGAACAUCUUAGAUUGUUUGGGGACAGAUAUAUGAUCUUGGAGAAAGAAGAAAAAAGGAGAUGUAAGCAGGUGUCAGAACUGUUAGACCGAGUGACAAAUAUGAACAAGAUUUAUUCUCUCCCAAUGUUUAUUAAGGCACAGAAUGAUGGAGUUAAACAGCCACUAGAUGAAGAACUGGCUGAAAUGAAAAAGAGAGUCAAUGAACUUGAAGCAAAACAAUGGAAAACAUCUUUGAGAAUAUUGCUGGUUGGGAAAACAGGACAUGGGAAGAGUGCAACAGGAAACACCAUUCUAGGAAGAAAAGAAUUUGAGAGUGAGCUGAGCUUGAAUUCUGUGACAAGAAUCUGCAAGAAGGGAAUUGGAGAAGUGCAGGGCAAAUCAGUAGCUGUUGUGGACACUCCAGGACUCUUUGACUCAACAUUAUCAAAUGAAGAGGUUGUAGAAGAAAUUAAGAAAUGCAUCUCAAUGGCGGCACCAGGACCCCAUGCCUUCAUCAUUGUGCUGAGUCUGCAAAGGUUUAGUGAGGAAGAGAAGCAAACUGUAAAUCUGAUUAGGAUGAUGUUUGGUGCUGAAGCUGCAAAGUACAGCAUAGUGCUGUUUACUGGAGGGGAUCACUUGAAAGAUAAAACACUCGAAGAUCAUAUCAAAACCAAUAAUAAUAAACAUGUGAGCAGGCUAAUCAGGGACUGUGGUGGAAGAGUUCACUUGUUUGAUAACAAUACGGAAGAUACCACCCAAGUCAGUGAGCUUCUCCAAAUGAUUGAAGAAAUGAUAAAGUCCAACAGGGACAAUUAUUUUACUAAUGAGAUGUUUGAAAUACAGCAGAAGAAAAAGGAGAUGCUAAAAGAGAAGCAAACUGAAAAAGAGGCCCUGGGGGCAAAAUAUGUAGGAGAACAUGAACAGAUGAAGACUAUGGACAAUGAAGAAGCACUGAAGCAGGGACAUGAGAACAGAGAAGAAAAACAAGAAGAAGAAGAGAAACAAUUGAAAGAGAAUCAAAGUAGAGAAAAAGAGGCAAAACUACAACCUGCAGGGCAUAAACGCAUACUGUAUGAAAUGAAAAAUCUAAAAAGAAAAGACACUUUGACUCUAAUGAGGCUAAAAUGGAAGAUGAAAUUAAAAAGACCAGAGGCAAUCCAAAAGGGAGAGAAAGAAGACAAAGAAAGAAAAGAAAAAGAAGACAGAGAUCAUGUGGAAAUGAGAAAUGAUUGUGAGAAGAAAAAGAAAGAAACAGAGACCAAAAAUGAUGAUGAGGCUAGAAGAAAAGCUGAGGAAAUUGAUGAAGUGGAAGCUCAGCAUAAAAAAGAGAUAAAAGAAUUGGUUGACAAGCACCAAAAUGAUACACAAAAAAUAUGCAUUAUCCUCUAAAAGCUUGAUGAUUUUUUUUAUGUUUACAUUUACACAAUACAGGAUAAAAAGAUUUUUUUUAAUCUUCAUUUUCAAAACUACAUUGAUUACUUUCAGUUUUCAUUCAGUUUUCCUUUAUCACAUUUAACGAAGAACUUCUGAUUAUUGAACUACUGUCUGAUUAUACUGUCUACAUUUAAAGCUAAUUAGAACUGAUUGUACUGUAUGUUCAUGGGAGAGGUCACAGUGUCUUUCCUAAGUAUAACCCCAAUUCCAAAAAAGUUGGGACAGUAUUUAAAAUGCAAUAAAAAACAAACAAAAAGAAUCAUUUGUAAAUUCAA